AGAGGCAAGAUGAACAACACCGGGAAUGGAACCGAGUCACGAAUAUGCCUUCUACAGGAGGAUUUGGAGGAUCCUCGAACGUCGUCGUUGAGAAGGAUCAGCUACGGGAUUAUUCUGCCCGCCAUCUGUUGCUUGGGAAUCAUCGGGAAUAUUUUGAACUUGCUUGUCCUUACUAGACGCAAUAUGCGAGGGAUCGCUUAUAUUUACAUGAGAGGAUACUCGACGGCGGCGCUUCUCGCGAUAUUCUUCUGCAUCCCUUUCGCUCUCCGAGUUCUUAUUCACAGAGAAACGGGCCGAUGGAGCAAUUGGAUCCAGGCCUUCUACCAUGCUCAUCUCGAACUCUUUCUGGGCAACGGAUGCUUGGGAGUAGGAGUGAUGAUGCUUCUAGCGUUAACGGUGGAGCGUUACGUGAGCGUUUGCCAUCCCGGUCAGCACACACGUCCGCUAUGCGGUCCACCUCAUCUGACGGUGGUACUGAUCCCCCUGGCCACGUUUCUGGUCUAUCUGCCGAGCGCGUUCCGUGGAGAAAUCACGACUUGCCUCCUGGAGCCUGGCGGCUCUGUCAUGUAUCAGAAGAGGGAGAACCAGUCGUUCCUCGACUCGUUGUUUUAUCAAAUAUACAAAGUAGCGCUCGAGAUUGUUUUCAAAGUGGCGCCGACGAUCCUGUUGGCCGGCUUCAAUCUACGUAUAAUGAUAGUCUACAGAAGGUCUUGCGAGCGUCGCAGAAGGAUGACGUUGUCCAGAACCGUCAGCAACGAGGAGGACCCGAGAACGUUCGCGGAGGAACGAAGGCUCGUUCUACUUUUGGGCAGUACCAGCAUCCUGUUCCUCGUCUGCGUCAGCCCAAUGGUGAUUCUGAACGUCACUUUGAGGGAGAGCAAUCUCAGUCAUCAUCCUUACCAGGUGUUCCGUGCUCUGGCUAACUUGUUGGAGGUGAUCAAUUACUCGAUCACGUUCUACAUUUACUGUCUGUUCUCGGAGGACUUCCGAAACACCUUGAUCCGGACGUUGCAGUGGCCCUGGGGGAACAACGGUCAGGGUGGAAGAGGACUUCCGAUGAAGCGUUCUCCUCUGCCAAGGCCAACCACUACGACCACCACCACACCACCGACAAUCGCCGUUGCGACUCCCAGUCAUUUUGCCCGUGCCAGCGUCUAA